UUUUGUUUUAAAACUUUUGGCAAAAAUUUCGUCUUUUAUAAUUUAUUAGUUUAUUGUCUGAAAUUUGAUAACCAUAAACUUGUCGCGCUAAAGUUGACUGUUGAAAGUUAACGGUGGUAAGGAUUUUAUUGGUUUAUGCCAUUCUAUCUUACAAGUUAGUGGAGAAUGAAUCUUUCGCAAGGUAACCCGUAUCAUAAUGGAUUGUUGUUUGCGGGCUUCAACCAGGACAACGGGUGUUUCGCUUGUGGCAUGGAAAAUGGAUUCCGAAUUUAUAAUUCCGACCCGGUAAAAGAGCGUGAACGUCACGAUUUCGAUGGGGGAAUCGGGUACAUUGAGAUGCUGUUUCGGUGCAAUUAUUUGGCGCUGGUGGGCGGCGGGCCGCAUCCAAAAUACCCGCCCAAUAAAGUGAUCAUCUGGGAUGAUCUGAAAAGUCAGCCGGUGGUGGAAUUGGACUUCCCUCAACAUGUGCGGGCGGUCAAGUUGCGUCGGGAUCGAAUUGUGGUUAUUCUGGACGAGAUGGUGCGCGUUUACACCUUCACACAGAAACCUCAGCAGCUCAACGUGUACGAAACGUGCCAUAAUCCUAGAGGAUUAUGUGCGUUAUGCCCAAACAGCACAAACAGCCUGUUGAUCUUUCCGGCACGGAAAUCUGGAACGAUUCAAAUUGUGGAUCUGGCCAACACGGAAAAGGCGCCUCUGGAGAUUCAGGCCCACAAAACAAGCUUAAUGUGCCUGAUGUUAAACAGCGAAGGAAGCAAGGUCGCUACGGCGUCGGAAAAGGGAACGCUCGUCAGGAUUUUUGACACGGCUUCCGGUCAGCAGCUGAAUGAACUCCGUCGUGGUGCCCAUCAUGCGAAUAUUUUUUGUAUGAAUUUCAGCGUCGAUUCCAGGUUGUUGUGUCUUAGUAGCGAUCACGGAACAUUACAUAUAUUCUCUCUUGAAGACCAGAAACCAUCGAAAAUGACUCAAAUAAUCGCUUCUGGAAAUAUUGCCAAAUAUUUUAACUCAACCUUCAGCAGCAUUCGCUUACAAGUGCCGGGCGGUUCUCAAUGUAUUUGUGCGUUUGGUAUGGAUUCCAACACCGUUUUGGCAAUCUGUGCGGACGGAAGUUAUUAUAAAUUCGUCUUCAGUGCGGAUGGUCGCUUUAGUCGUGAUAAGUACACCCAGUAUUUGGAUAUGACAGAUGAACGCUAGGUUGGAUCCCGGAAGUGUCCCGUUUCCUGGCAUUCCCAGUGAACUGCAACUAUUGGUGUCUGAAUGUGUGUUCACUGAAUUCCGUUUUCUUCUGGUUAUUUGGCUUGCUGAUUCGGAUUUCUGAAGUGCCUUGAAGUGUUUUUAUUUUAACUGUUAAUUCUUAAUGCCUUUCUUUCUGGUGAUACAAAGUCUGUUUAACAACUAUUUUGCACUGUAAAAGUUGGUCUUUGCAACAUCAUGGAAUCCGAAAUUGAUUUCGUUCGUUGCCGGUGAUAUUAAAGUAUAUUGUGCGGAAUAAUAA